UUUUAGACAUAACUUAUCAUUCGGGUAAAUUUCAGUCAUCGCCAUACCCUAAGGCUGCAUGAUUAAAUUGAUUUGCACAUCACGCCAGUUGUGCGAUAUCAAAAUGAUUUGCAAAAACAGCUGCAGAAUGUUAAUUCAAACUCUCUAUAUUCACAUUUAUUUGUAAACAAAUAGAACGAUUAUUAUUUUGAAUUUUUAGAAUAUGAAAAAACACAUUGAGAUAUUUCUUUAGCCAAACCAAUGUAUGCAUCUAUAUAACUGUAAGAAAUACUCUCUCAAUAUAUGAUAAAGAACAUCAUUUUCACUAACAAUUGCAGCCGAAAUUCAUCAGCUAGAUGAGCAUCGGACUCGAACAGUUAAACUAUACGUAGUGCGACUUAUUGUUUGAAUGCAUUUGUUCAGUUGUAAAAGAGAUACAGCAGUAAUUUCACUCAACUGCAAUACCUGGUUGGAGGAGGUAAUUGAGAAAAUUUAUGAAGCUAUGAAAGUAACAGAGAACAUGUUAGUAUCGGCAUACCCAGUGUUGAAACGUAAAUUACCAGAACAUAUUAAAUUCAUCACAACACAACAGUUAGAAGAUAUCUAUCCCGACAAAAAACCGACAGAACGUGAAUAUCUUGUGGUUAAACAGUAUGGUGCUGUUUUCUUAAAACAAAUCGGAAAGCUUUUGAAGUCCAAUACGGCACACGAUAAUCGAGCCCCAGACUAUGAUGAUUGGGAAUUGAAUGGAGAUAUACUAGUGUACAGCGAACACGACGAUAGAUGUAUAGAAUUGUCGUCAAUGGGUAUCCGAGUGGAUGAGUUGUCAAUGGAGAAACAGUUGAAGCAAAGUGGUUGUGAAGCACGUAAACAGUUUGAAUAUCAUCAAAAUGUUCUGAAUGGUCAAUAUCCAUUGACGAUAGGAGGUGGAAUAGGACAGAGUCGGUUGUGUAUGUUCUUUAUGGAGAAGAAACAUAUUGGUGAAGUACAAGUCAGUAUAUGGCCUGAACAUGUUCGUCGUGAAUGUGAACAGAAUAAUAUAUUUCUGUUGUAAAUUAAAUAAAUGCAUGUUGUCAU